CAAUCUGAAGUCUGAUACUGAUGGCAUCGAUACACCGAUGUUCGACGCAUCACCAGCGCUCGCACUUAAGUAGAUAAAUAUAAAUGUCAAUCGAAUCAAGGGGCAUACGAGCACUGUUUACCCCCAAUCAUCGAUUUCCUACGACAUGUCAGACACGCCCACCACUACUGGUUUUUCCGCCAUCAUCAAACAUCCUCAGUAUUUCAUUCCCACUGGGGACACUCAGUUUUUAGCACAAAACGUACUGUUCAAAGUACAUCGUUAUUUCUUCGAGCGCGAACCAAGUUCCUUUAGAGAGAUAUUUUCCGACAGUGAUGGCAACACCAAGCCUUAUACAUUGGAUGUCAAACCUGAAGAUUUUGCCCACUUCCUGUGGGUAUUCUACGACGAAGACUUCGAAUAUGAGAACCAGCCGCUUGAGAGGUGGCUCGUGAUCUUGAGGCUCGCAACACGGUGGGGCUUUGGCAAAGUGCGAAAGCUGGUGGUCCGUCAGCUCGAGAGGCUCGACCUACAACCUAUCGACAAGAUCAAGAUCUAUUCUGACUUCAAGAUUGAUGCCCAGCUGCUAAUACCAUCAUACUCGACGUUAGCAAAGAGCCCCACCCUCCCUUCUUUAUCAGAAGCUGCAAAGCUCGACAUCGAAACGAUUCUCAGGCUCACUAUGGUGAGGGAAAGAGCGCUGCAGAAGGCGGCAGAGGAUGGAUGCCGUUCACCAACGAGUGCGAGCGCCGGGGAUGAAGACGUCAAAAGAUUCAUAUGCGAGAUUUUUGGCCUCCCCAACACCUCAACGGCUAAGCCACCCAACACUGUUGCUGAAGGAGGUUCCGCAGAUGGGGUUGAUGAUACCACGGAAAGCCUGGUUCCGACAUUGCAGAAUCCCACUCCGGGGGGAAAGAAGAAGAAGAAUGCCAACGCAAAUGGCAACUCCAACGCGGUGAGUGGCUGUCGUAUGUUCAAACUCUUGUUUACUGAGUCUGCCCAGAAUGGUCAGCACACAAAUGGAAAAACAUUCCCCUUCUAGGGUACGCUGCAAGACGGUUUGUCGACACUGGGCUUCUCUCGUUAAUUCACAAUACGAUCGUCCAUUCAGGUAUAAGAAUAU